UUCUGCAGAGUUAGCAAGAAAAUGUGCGAAUAGUCAAAAACAUUGCGCUCAGCUCUCAGUGCGUAUGGUAGCAAUUUAAUAGCCCCUUGCUCUCGAUUUAAAACCUUGGCAAUUUGAAAACCAGGUGGGUUGGCUUUGCCUAUCUGUAACUCUUCCCUCCAUUGGAGAACGAAAAAGCUUCAGAGUUGAGGCCGCAGAGUUUAGAUUCACGAUGCUAGGGGGACAAAUCGAAAGAGAAGAUAAGGUAUCGAUGGAGCUCACAGAAGAAAUCAUCCAAAGCAUGGAAGUUGGUAUGGUCUUCAAGGACUAUAAUGGUAGAAUCAGUUCAAUGGAUUUUCACAAGACAUCAAGUUAUCUGGUAACAGCUAGUGAUGAUGAAUCAAUUCGCCUCUAUGAUGUACCCAGUGGAACAUGCUUGAAGACCAUUAAUAGCAAAAAGUAUGGUGUUGAUCUUGUUUGCUUCACUUGUCAUCAAACAACAGUUAUAUAUUCUUCAAAAAAUGGUUGGGAUGAAUCACUGCGGCUUCUUUCAUUGCAUGACAACAAGUAUUUGCGGUACUUUAAAGGACACCAUGACAGGGUUGUAUCACUCAGCUUCAGCUCUAGAAAAGAAUGCUUUAUUUCUGGCUCUCUUGAUCGGACUGUUUUACUUUGGGAUCAACGAAUUGAGAAGUGUCAGGGCCUUUUACGUGUACAAGGAAGACCUGCAAUUUCUUAUGAUGAGCAAGGAUUAAUAUUUGCAAUUGCCUUUGGAGGUUAUAUAAGAUUGUUUGAUGCUCGCAAAUAUGAAAAGGGCCCUUUUGACAUCUUUUCUGUUGGGGGAGAUACAUCUGAUGCCAAUGUAGUAAAAUUCAGUAAUGAUGGGAGACUUAUGCUUUUGACCACAAUGGAGGGGCAUGUUCAUGUACUGGAUGCAUUCCGUGGUACACUGCUAUCCACACAUAAUGUUAUGCCAGUUUCAAGUGGCUCCACCUUGGAGGCAUCUUUCAGCCCUGAGGGAAUGUUUAUUAUAUCAGGUUCAGGGGAUGGUUCUGUCUAUGCCUGGAAUGUCAGAACUGGAAAAGAAGUUGCUAGUUGGAUGAGUGCUGAAAGCGAACCUCCAGUCAUCAAAUGGGCUCCAGGGAGCCUUGUGUUUGUAACUGGAUCUUCUGAAUUAUCAUUUUUUGUUCCAGAUUUGUCAAAACUGGGAUCUUAUGUUGGAACAAAGUAGGAUAACCUUUAUGAGAGCAAUCGGCAGAUUGCUUGUGUAUGAAUUUGUUAUGAGCAAGAUAUAAGUAAUUCUAAUAGGCUUUCCAACCGUUUUACUGACUGUUGACUGUGCUGCAAGGUGCAAUGAGCUAGCUGAUUUAGGGCAUAUGAGUAUCAAUAUUAGAUCUUAUGCAUUGAAGGUUUUUUGCUUUGACACUUUUUAUCUCCCUAUAAAUGGAUGGAUGCCUACACAGAUUUUUCCUGACU